AGCGCCUUCAUCUCUUCCUUCGGGCCAGCACGGAGGCAUGCUCUCUCACUCUCCGAAGAACAUCCCCACCUCUUCGCUACAGUGCGUUCGGAUAAACUGCAACUAGUAGCGGCGGACGCGCCUAUAAAAGAUGGGCGACGCGGCUCUGCGAUUCCAGCAGUCCUCGACACUCCUCACUCGAGCACAGUCUACUACGGAAAAUGUCACCCCCGGCUUUCCUUUCACUUCUCUCUCUCCUCCCUGCUGUCCUCGGCCAGCUUGCGGGCACAAACACUGCGGAGAACCAUCCCCCGCUCACAUGGUCGACCUGUACCGGCACUGGCGGCUCGUCCUGCACAACAGAGUCUGGCUCUGUUGUCAUUGACGCCAACUGGCGGUGGACCCACGAAGGCGCCUCUGGCUUUACGAACUGUUAUACCGGAAACACUUGGGACCAAUCGGUCUGCGGCAGCGAUGGGACUGCGUGCGCUCAGGCGUGUGCCGUCGACGGCGCUGAUUACUCCGGCACGGCUUUCUGCACAUACGGCAUCACGACCAGCGGAAAUGCCCUCACCCUCAAGUUCGUCACGCAAGGCCAGCAGAAGAACAUCGGCAGCCGUGUCUACCUCAUGGGCACCGGCAGCACCUCAGCGUACCAGAUGUUUGAUUUCGAGAACAAAGAAUUCACUUUCGACGUGGACGUCUCGCAACUCCCCUGCGGCCUCAACGGUGCGCUUUACUUUGUGCAGAUGGACGAGGAUGGAGGCGUCGCGAAAUCCAACGGAAACAACAAGGCCGGACCGAAGUUCGGCACGGGCUACUGCGACGCGCAGUGCCCCCGCGAUAUCAAAUUCAUCAAUGGCGUGGCGAACUCGGUUGGCUGGACGGGCAGCGACAACGACCCGAACGCGGGCACUGGCGAGAUGGGCACCUGCUGCCCCGAGAUGGACGUCUGGGAGGCCAACAGCGUAGGUAAUCUGUCCUAUCUUGUUCCCCUCUCUGAGUUGUGGCCAGAUCUCGACCGCUUUCACGCCCCACCCAUGUUGUACCGACCCUCGGUCAAAGCACUUGCACUGGCUCUGAAUGCUCUGCACCCAAUGUGUAAGGGCUCGCGCUUGUCUGCCUUGGAUCGUUGCUCAUUCCUCCACAGCACUUCGGGUACCUGCGACCAGGCGGGCUGCGACUUCAACUCGUACCGCAUGGGCGUGACGGACUUCUACGGACCGGGCAUGACCAUCGACACCUCGCAGAAGUUCACCGUCGUCACGCAGUUCAUCGGCAGCCCCAUCACCGAGAUCAAGCGCUUCUACGUGCAGAACGGCGUCGUACACGCCAACUCGGACAGCGCUGUCGACGGCGUCUCUGGCAACUCGAUCACGGACGACUUCUGUGCCUCCCAAAAGACGGCAUUCGGCGACACCAACACCUUCGCGCAGAAGGGCGGCUUGUCCGGCAUAUCGCAGGCCUCUUCCGCCGGAAUGGUCCUCGUCAUGUCGAUCUGGGACGACCAUGCCGCUAACAUGCUCUGGCUCGACGCGCCAUACCCGCCGAACAAGGACGCCAGCGCACCCGGUGUCACCCGCGGAACGUGCUCGCCUUCCUCCGGCGCGCCGACGGACGUCGAGUCGCAGAGCCCGAACGCGCAGGUGAUCUACUCCAACAUCAAGUUCGGCUCGAUCGGGUCGACGUUCGACCAGGGCAGCGCGAUGCGCCGCGUGGUAUGA